CGCGUCUUUUCAGAGGACCGAGAGGCGCUGCCAGCGCUGGGCUUUAUCCCCACUUCCCUUCCCCAUCGGUUUUUUUUUUCGUCCCCUCUUUUUUUUUUUUUUUAAAUAAUUAUAUCAAUAAUUAAAGCCCAUCCCUUCUCCCCUUCCCCGUCCCCUCCCCCCACCACCCCUCCCCGUCCCAAUCUGGGGAGCGCCAAGAACUGACCGAGGGAAGCCACAACUUUGGAGGCGUACAUCCCGAGGUCCCGAGCCAGCCAUGUCGCUGACCAACACAAAGACGGGCUUUUCGGUCAAGGACAUCCUGGACCUGCCGGACACCAACGACGAGGACGGCUCGGCGGCCGAAGAGCCGGAGGAGGAGGGCGAGGGGCCGGAGCCCGCCAAGAGGGCCGGGCCUCUGGGGCAGGGCGCCCUGGACGCGGUGCCCGGCCUGCCCCUGAAGAACCCCUUCUACGACAGCAGCGACAACCCGUACACGCGCUGGCUGGCCAGCACCGAGGGCCUCCAGUACUCCCUGCACGGGCUGGCGGCCGGCGCGGCGCCCCAGGAUCCCGGCUCCAAGUCCCCGGAGCCCUCGGCCGACGAGUCACCGGACAAUGAUAAGGAGACGGCGGGCGGCGGCGGGGGGGACGCGGGCAAGAAGCGGAAGCGGCGGGUGCUCUUCUCCAAGGCGCAGACCUACGAGCUGGAGCGGCGCUUCCGGCAGCAGCGCUACCUGUCGGCGCCGGAGCGCGAGCACCUGGCCAGCCUCAUCCGCCUGACGCCCACGCAGGUCAAGAUCUGGUUCCAGAACCACCGCUACAAGAUGAAGCGCGCCCGCGCCGAGAAAGGUAUGGAGGUGACGCCCCUGCCCUCGCCGCGCCGCGUGGCCGUGCCCGUGCUGGUCCGGGACGGCAAGCCGUGCCACGCUCUCAAAGCCCAGGACCUGGCGGCCGCCACCUUCCAGGCGGGCAUCCCCUUCUCGGCGGCGUACGGCGCGCAGUCCCUGCAGCACAUGCAGUAUGGCGCCCAGUACGGCGCGGCCGGCGCCCCCCAGUACUCGACGGCGCACCCCCUGGUGCAGGCCCAGCAGUGGACUUGGUGAGCGCCGCCCCCGAGACUCGUGGCGCUGGGCCCAGGCUCCACCCCGGCGGCAGGAGAACUUGGUCCUGGUUGUUGUUAUAAUAAUAAUUAUUAUGAUCCCGGGGUCGAGUGGACUCUGGGCUUCGUUUGAGGGGGGACGCCGGGAAGCUGCGUGCACCCCCUUGGAGUGGCAGAUCACCCCGGCCCCUCUCUCCUUUUGAACCUUUGGAGAGGGCCGGACUCCUUAAGCCGUGUUUACAGAAUGUUUGCGCAGCUCCGCGCCUCUGUCUCUCCCCCGAGGGGAGGGUGGGGACCGACGUCGACUCCGAGUUCUCAUCCGGGCUCCGGAAGGAGGGGAAAAAAAGACCAACCAACCUCCCUCCCCUUCCCCCUGCUUUUGUGAAUUUUGUUAACUAUGGUUGCGUGCGUAGCGAUCUUGUCCACAGUCUUCUUUUAAAGCAAGUGGAGAACGUUCACGUAUAGGAUUUUUUUUUUGGUCUCCUUUUUUUUUUUAUAAGAAAACGCUCAAUAUUUAUGGCCAUGUAAACGUUCUGACAACCGGUGGCAGAUUUCGCUUUUCGUUGUAAAUAGCGGUGGUGAUUGUUGCCAACAUGGACCCUCGGGGUGGGCCUGUUCUCUCCGGAGGUCCAGCUUUUUUCUUUGUGGUUUGUUUUGGUUUGCUUAUGUUCGGUUACCUCUAUUCUCUUUGCUUUUUUAAAUUUUUGUUCAGUGCAAACAUUUCUCAGAUAUAAAUAAAAAAGGAAAAUGUAUUGGUAGGCGCGAAGCCCCCUGCCCUAUCCCCCGGGCCCUGAGUCCCGAACUUGGAGCUCCGUGGUUCUGGGAGGUUCCCCAUGAGCGCCGGGCGCUGAAAGCUUUCGAUUUUUUAAAAUAAGAAUUUUAAUAAAAAUCCUGUGUUAAAAAAGAAAAAGAAAAAAAAAAGC